AUGUCCGGGUCGCCAUCAUGUUCCUCCGAUUUACGAAGCAUUCCACGCAAAAGCGCGAGAGGACUCUCCGACGUCCAGGCCAAGGUCGCUUUUCUGAACAACCUGGCACGCACAGGCAGCCCAGCGGCAAACGCCUCCCCUCCCCCGCCCCCUCAGCCGUCUUCGUCGUCGAAUGCAGGGGGCUCAGCUGCGCUCCAACGCGCUAUUCUGGGCCGCGAAGAAGCAGAGUCUGCUUUAGCCAACGUCAACGCCCAGCUUGAAGAGGCGCAAUCUCGGGAGCGCCGGAUCAGCGAACGGCUCGAAUCCCUGCUGGAGGAGCUGGCAUCCGUCAAGGAACGACAAGGUCACGAGCGAAAUGUUUUCGAGAAGGAAAUCCGCAAAGCAAGAAAGGAGGCCUUUCGUGCCGGCUCAACACUAGUGAAGCUCCAGGAGGAUUUAAAAAACGCAAAGAAUGAGGCCAAGGGAUUGAAAGACGAACUUCGGGCGGAGAAGGAAGCCAAAGAACAGGCUAAGCAGGAAGCCUUCGAGAGAGCGUACGCUCUUGCGGGCCUCAUGGAGGAAAUGGAAGUUCUGAAGGAACAACUCCGCGCGGCUCAGACAAAUAACCGCUCAGAUAACCUCGAGGCAGAAGCACAGGCCAUGCAGACUAAGGAUGUCGGACGGUUGUCGCUGGCAGAAGGAGAUCUCGCGCUGUUGGCGACCCCGACCCCUCGCCCGCCAAAGAGACCUGCUGAAGAGCCGGCUAACUCACCCUUGGAGAACGUCACCAACGCCGAUGCGCCUAAAGCCACACCGCCAAAGAAGUUGAGGCUAUCGGAGUUGACCCCUGCAGAAAUUUGGGAAAUGGAGGUCGAGGACGAACGUCAGCGUGCGAUGACGGAAGUUGAGGACCCUCAAGACAAGAUCGCAGAACUGAAAGAAUAUCUUCAACAUGAAAGGAGUGUGCGCGAGGAGAUCGAACGAACUGUUGAAUACAUGAGGUGGGAAUGCAGCAUUGGAUGGUGCCAAUGCCGUAUCGACGAGUACAGGUUGAAACAAGCAGCCCGGCGGAAGGUUCCGGGGGCACCUCCCGAGGCACUUCAUAGUGCUGAAGAACGUAUACGCAAUACUAACUCAGUCGCGGAGGUUGUCAAGCUGAACGAGGCUAUGAAUUGGACCCGCUGGUCAAGGAUGAAGCCAGAGGAUGCUGUCAAGAUAAUGGACAUGCAGGCCAAGGUCGAAGCAGACAUACUGGCUCAGUCGGAAAACAAACAAAAUGACGCGCAAGAACAUGGCGGUCAAAAAUUCAAUGUGGCUGAACAGGAUGAGAAACACGCUCAACGUCUUGGCAAAUCUGGAUCUGAUGAGGGCAACAUGGAAAAGACAACGCCCACAACGGACAACUGCCAGGAGGCACGAGCACCACCUGGACCUGAUGAGGAUACCGAAGAAAAACACGAGCUGGAAGAUGAAGUUGAAGUCACAGAAGAAGUGGAAGAAGUCGAGGGGGACGAGGAAGAAGAGGAAGAACCUCUGAUAACCUUCUCGCCCGCCACUGGAACGUUCCAUACUAUCCCAUCGCCAGCUCGGUCACCGAAGAAGCAUAUCCAGAACGAUUCUCCUAUUCCUAAGCGUCAGCACACAGUUUCUCCUAUGCUCGUCGAACAUGAGAUGUCCCCUGAGCCUGCGUUGAACGAUGUCCCAUUCCAGCCCAUCGCCCUCCUGUCAUUUCGGAGACGCCCAUUAGCCGAGAAGAGGCCCUUGCACAGAUCAGAGCACGCAGAGGACGGACCAACACGAUGA